AUGAGGCCCACCGCUGCUCGUCUGCUCAACAUUCUCGUCCCAGUCAAGAGGCGAGUGAGGCUGACGAUCGACUAUGCGGUCAAGAUUCGGGUGAAUCCUGACCAGAAGGGAGUCGACCUAAAUGUCAAGCACUCCAUGAAUCCUUUCGACGAGAUUGCUGUGGAGGAGGCCGUACGGCUACGCGAGAAGCUCAAGGACGAGGUGAAGAGCAUCAAAGUUGUCACUAUCGGGCCUGCGAAGGCUGCAGAGACGCUGCGCACCGGCCUUGCCAUGGGUGCUGACUCUGCCAUUCACGUGGAAACUCCCGAGUCCUCCCCCCCUCCGGAGCCUCUUGGAGUCGCGAAGGCCCUCCGUGCACUCAUUGAGAGGCAGAAAGACGGCGUCGACCUUGUCAUUCUGGGAAAGCAGGCCAUCGACGAUGAUGCGGGACAAACUGGUCAGAUGCUCGCCGGACUGCUUGACUGGCCUCAAGCGACCUUCGCUAGCAAACUUGUUGUGGACCCGACGAAGAAGGAAGCGAACAUUACCCAGGAAAUUGAUGGAGGGCUGCAGGAGGUGAAGUGCAAAUUACCUUUAAUUGUGACAACAGACCUCCGGUUGAAUGAGCCGCGCUACGCUUCAUUACCGAACAUUAUGAAGGCUAAGAAGAAACCAAUAGAGAAACUAUCACCGUCGGAUCUUGGUAUAGACUUAACACCACGUCUUGAGACCAUCAAGAUUACCGAGCCGCCGAAGCGCCAAGGUGGCGGAAAGGUUGAGUCUGUAGAUGAGCUGAUCGCGAAGCUCAAGGAAGCCGGUGUCGUCGGCCGGUGA